AUGUCUCCCAGUGCCCUAAUCGCUCACAGAUACAGACUUUCUACCCAGAAGGAAAGUCUACGUAUGCAAAUAUCUACAACAGCCUACCAGAUCUCAAGUGAACGGCCAGUCGCUGACACAUGGUCAAGAUCUGUGACAUUUGAAGACGAAGUCGAGGACAAAGAUAGGAAGCUGAAACAGAGACUGGAGGAGUCAUCCAUUGUUCGUCACAUACUCUGCAAUAUACCUCCUACCAUCAUCGACCACACGGAACAAUCGGUCGACAUACUCGAAGAUAAUGCCCGGCAUGCAAGUAACUACCCUGCACUGUCUUUGGUGCAUUUAAUUAUCCUAGGUUUUGCCGGAAUAUUCAACGCGCCAUGGCCGAAAAUUGUUCUGCAAGGACUCGCGCAGCAUCUUUGGCGACUCAUCGGCUUCUACGUCGUUAUGUUGACGUAUAUCUGCGAAUACAUCGACAACAUUCGAAAGUCGAGAGUCGACCCGAAGACAAUGGUCCCACAAAAGGUCUUUUCCCCGUCUGCAUUCCAAGAAUAUGUUAACCAUACGAACGACGAAAGGAAUCACCCAAUGACGAAAGCAGCUAUGGAUGUUACACAUCGUCUCUUACUGAGGCUUGAGGCCAUCAAGGCAAGCUCAAUAGCUACAGAAUGGCGAUCACGGUACGACGACCCCCAGUUUCUUGCUUCCGUUGACAGACGGUUCAGCUGGCAAUGGAAUGACCCGGCAGACCCAAUAUUUCAUCAUCUUGGACCUAGACCGGUCAACGUCACGGUCAUACAUUCAACAUUCCCAUGUUCUGCUCCCCACAUCGUGAUACAUGGUACAGAGCCCAACGACCCAUGGACGUUAUGGGGAAAUUCAACAGGCGUCCAAGAUUGUGCAUAUGGCAAUGCUCUGGUUGUUAUAUCUACUAAAACCAAAGGUGUUCCAUUGGCUUACAUCAACACUCCUGGCGAUGAAACCGACAGUUAUUCGAGCAUUCUCGCUUCCCCCGAUCAUGAUGAAUUUGGUGUCUCCGAAGAUGGCUCCUCCUUCUGUUCUAAUACUUCAGGCCCUGGCACUCCAACAGAAUUGCAGAGGGUUGGUAGUGGCUUCUUCUCCGAGGCAAUUGAUGAAGAUCUUGUUAAAUGUCGCUAUGAAAGCUAUUCAGCAUAUAUAUCUGGGCUCCACAACGACAUCGCUAUCAAUACUGCAGAGGAUGAUCCAAAUUCUUUGUAUACCCCAUCACAUACAUCAUCGGGCAAAUUUUAUAUUGCAGAUGAUGAUGAUGAAGAUGAAGAUGAAGGGCCACCUGAAUAUGACGAGUGGUACAUCUCAAUCGCCAAUCGUACUGGAUUAACUGAACAAACAGGAACAGAUCUAUCUACAUAA